AUGGCUAUGGAAUCGGAAUGCAAUGUGGUAGAGCUGAUCGGCGGGUUCUUCCUGAAGGCGACGCUGCUUGUGUGCCAGCCUCGGACGGGGGCAAUUGAAGGGGAUGGUGAGGAGGACCGGACGUUUAAUAUCAGCAGCGCGGCUGAUGCGGGCGUGGCGGAGGCGGUGCGGGCGUGGACGGCCUACGACGGGGCGCAGGAGUUGCCGCCGCUAGUGAUAGAGAUGUUCCUGGACCUGCGGCGGCUGGGGCCACAACACACGGUGGUGCUGAAGGACCAGGACGGCAACCCGUGGAAUGUUUGCAAGGGCGGGAAGAAGUCUGAAAUCAUGCUGGAGCGGUGGUUGGUCGAACUGGACGUGGGCAAUGAGGAGGCGCGCCCGGAGGAGCCACCCAAUGCGGCUGAGAUAUACAAGCAGCUGGUGCUACUGUUCCGCUAUCUGUACACGCUGACGCAGCUACUCCCCGCGAACGAGUUGUACGCACGGCUGCACGGGCCUUCUAACCAGGGCGAGGCAGCAAUGCCUUUGAUCAAUAUAGGGACACGUAUACUGGAUGGCUCCAAGCCUAUCCUGUCGAAAGGUCGCGUGGGGCUUAGCAGAAGUAUUAUCGCCACCUACACGAAUGUAAUCAACGAGACCAAUGUGGCCUCUCAUCUGGAACAAAAAAAGAUCACUCCAAUCAGCACGGGCUACGGCUCACUGCGGAUUACAGUAUCCUAUCGACGUGACUGUAACUUUGACGUCAACGAGGUUUUAGAUUAUGAAGGCAAUAACUGCAGCAGCAGCUCUGUUGUCGAUACACACACGAAACCUGGAGUGGGCCCGCUAUCUUCAUUAAGGAGAGUGUCAAUCCACAGUAAUCGAUCCAUGUCUAUUUCUCCCCAAACGGUUUACAGCGGGACUGUGAUCCCCGAUCCAUCCCCUCAAAGAAAGUCAUCUUCUUCCAGAAUACAACCAUUCAAGGCUGGCUCUGUUGGAAGCGGCUCCCUCGCAAUCGCGAGGAAUCCAUCUGGUUCAUCUGCUGUCGCCACCCUGAGAGCGCAGAGGUCCGGGAGCGCAUCCAUCUCUACGCAUGUGGCCGACCAAGCCGUUGGCGAACCGUCCAGCGUAGGCAGCGGCGGGUCCAAAUAUUCAUCUUCCUUUGGUAAAAUAAGGCGACAGUCAAGUAUGCGGCGGUCUGGGAGUCUUGAAUUGCCUGCCGCUAAGCAAGCGAAACCUGGUGAGCGCGGAUCUGAUGAGUUGCUAGACUUUGUGAAGAUGUUGGAGGAAAAACAGGAACUAAAUGUGAAGAAGCUAUACGGUACUACCACCGACAUCUCCAGCUCGUUAGUCCGUUUUCAAUCAAUGAAAUCAAACAACGAUACACUAAGCGAAGACCUAUCUAUGAGCUACUCGCUGGAGCCUACACAUGCUCCUCAGGUAAGGUAUAGGUCUAACUCGCAUUCGCCCAUUCCAUCCAUCUCUCCCUCUGUACAAUACACCUCUAUCCCGAUGAGACUUUCCCAAAGUCGCAACGUAAGCCAAACUGAAUUAGCUAGCAGAAAGAACUCUGCUGAAAGGCUGAAAACUUUGAUUUCGAGUAGGACAGGUAGCUUCUCGGAGUCCAGGCGCCAGUCAAAUGCGGGACAAGAGGAUAUUCUCGAAGAUGAGGAUGAUGAGGCAGAAGAGAUCCUAUUGAGCAAGUCGCAUCUCAGCAACCCUACAGGAACAAGAUUGCAAUCAAUGUCGCCGCAAUCCUUAAAAAGCAUUUCCUCGUACAAUAGAGCGGCAGUGCCGUUCAAGCCUGUUUCUAACUUUUCAUGUCCCACUACAAUGGCUACCCCUGCACAUGCAAAAUUACACAAGGCAAGUAUCAGUUCAUCACCAGAUAAUCAGUCCGGCCUGGUCAAAAAGGACCACGAGCACAGCACAAUGACGGGCGGUGAUGAUGAUGACGACUUGCUAUUCUUUAUGAGUGAUAUGAACCUAUCUAGCCAAUGA